AUGGCCGAACAAACAUCAUAUCAAUGGACUUCAAAAGAUAUUCAAAAUGAAUUGUUAGAAAUUAUGUCGCACAGCGUUCUCAGAUCUGUUAUCAGUGAUAAACAUCUGAGAAAAUAUAAUGUCUUAAUUUUAGACAAAAUUUGUGACAUUGCAAUUAAAGAACAAGUCAGCAUUUGCUUAAGAGUUGUUGAUAAUGAAUUUAUUUCACAAGAAUAUUUUUUAGGAUUUUAUAACACGGACGCCACAGAUGCUGGUACAUUGUUCAAAAUUUUGAAGGAUGUUUUACUAAGGUCAAUUUUUAUAUCAGAGAUUGCCGAGGACAAUGUUAUUACGUUUCUGGAAUUCACAAUGGAGUACAGAUUAAAGUUUGCCACGGUAGCGAAAUCGUCCGAAGCGUUUACUGAUGAGAUCGUAGGUGCCGCUAUUUCUUCACUUGAAGCUAAAUUCAAUUCUGAUGGUUUCAAAAAACUUGCCUAUUUGGAAUCAAAAAUUUUACAUACAGCGACAAUUGACCUCAGUCAUUUAAAUUGUGUUGCUGAAUUAUAUCCAGAGUUAUCUGGUUACCACAAUUUGCUGAUGCAUUACAAAAUAUUUGCUUCUCUUGCUGAAUCAAGUACCUCUGCGGAAUGGGCUUUGAGUAUGCUAAAACUUUUUAUCUAA